GCGGUGGCUCUAGCUGACGUCACUUUACGUCUGGACUGGAGCCUAGCGUUUGAUGAUAGGUGUGACGAUCUCGCGGGAUGGGGACUCACACGUAUUGUGGGCAAAAUAUUUUCGUUGUAUGGAGGUAGCGGUACCUUUUGAACCUUUGGACAUUAGUGCGUGCUCGGGUCGCUGUUGUGGCGAGGCUCGGUGACUUGAAGGAGUGGCCGCCGCUGCAGUGUUUUGCCUUUGGCACUGGCACCCGUCAGCAAGAUGGCGCAGAAUAGUUCACUCGCCCCGAGUGUAAAUUGUUCACUGGAUGAGAUUGAUUUAAACGCCUUGAAGGAACCUGCUGGCAUUUUUGAGCUUAUUGAAGUUGUUGGCAAUGGAACCUAUGGACAAGUAUACAAGGUGAGUUUGUUUUCCUUUACUAGCAUAAAUGCCUUUUCCCAUACCUUGGUACGCAGGUCAAUUUUGUCACUAUUGGUUUGAUUCUUGCAAGGCCUC